AUGUCCGCAUACUACCUAGGCAUAGACGUGUAUGUGCAAAGAGGAUCGGCACGUGUAGCUCUCUUGGGUGAGGAUGGGCGCAUUGAAGCGCAGGCUUCGCGUCCUUUGGUGACGUGGACGUACGAGAGCGAUUCGCGUUUACACGAGCAGUCCAGUGUACAAAUCUGGGACGCAAUCACAGCUUGCGUGCAUCAAGUGCUGGAUACGGCCAAGGUGGACGCUGCAUCUGUGCACGGCAUUGGAUUUGAUGCCACAUGUAGCCUUGUUGUCACGACAAAAGACAAUGUCCCUGUCAGUGUAACGCCGCCGCAUGCGGCAAAAGGAGUGGAUGCAUCUGCACGCAACGUGAUUUUAUGGGCGGAUCACCGCGCACAUGAGGAGGCAGAUUUGAUUAACCGUACGGGCCACAAGGUGCUGGACUAUGUAGGCGGCACGAUGUCUUUGGAGAUGGAGACGCCCAAAACACUUUGGCUGCAAAAGCACAUGGACCCCGCCACAUUUGCGCAGUGCACCUUUUUUGACUUGCCCGACUACUUGAGCUAUUAUGCGACGGGAUCUCCCGCACGUUCCAAUUGCAGUCUUGUGUGCAAGUAUGGUUUCAUACCGCAGGGCGCUGCAGGAAACACGCUCGGCUGGCAGCCGGAUUUUUUGCGCGAGAUUGGCCUCGGCGUUCUCGAGGGCCCUUCUCAGACUUUUGAUGCGCUUGGCGGCGUCCCGGGCAAGAAUGGGCUGGUGCUGACGGCGGGUAUGCCUGUGGGAGCAGGUCUGUGUGAGCGUGCAGCACGAGAAUUGCGAUUGCUUCCGCAUACGCCUGUAUCUUCGUCACUCAUUGACGCGUAUGCUGGCUGGGUCGGCACGGUUGCUGCAAGAGACGAGGAUGUUGUAUUGCAAAACGCGACUUUGCGUGACGCAAAUACACGUCUUGUUGCGAUUGCAGGCACAAGUACGUGUUACUGUGUUGCGAAUGACGAGGGGAUUCAUGUGGGGGGUGUUUGGGGGCCGUACAAAAAUGCCGUGUUCCCCGGCAUGUGGAUGAACGAAGGCGGACAGAGCUCGACAGGUCAGCUCAUCGACUUUGUUCUUGAGACGCACCCUGCGUUCCCUGCACUCCGAGAAGAAGCCGCAGCCAAGUCGGUGUCUGUGUUUGCGCUGCUGGAAGUAUCGCUUGAGGAGCAGAUGCGCGCCGCAGGAAUUGCCGUAUAUGCGCCUUCUUCGUAUAUCUUGCUGGUAAAGCACAUGUACAUGUACCCUGAUUUUUACGGAAACCGCUCGCCCCUUGCCGAUACGUCGCUCCGCGGUAUGCUCUGUGGCUUAUCUUUGGACCGAUCUCGCGCGGAUUUGGCGCGGCGAUACAUCCUCACGUUGGAGGCAAUUGCACUGCAAACGCGCCACAUUGUAGAAGAGAUGAAUGCGUCAGGCCACAAGAUCGAUUCGAUUUAUCUGUCUGGCGGAGGCCAGGCGCGCAACCUUUUGUUUGCACAACUUGUUUCGGACGCGUGCAAUAUGCGUGUACAGCUCCCGAAAGAGGCGUCUGUCAGCGUCGUGACCGGCAUGGCUUUUCUCGCACGUCUUGCCGCGAACAUGACGCAGGAAUUGGAUCCCGAUGCACAAGAUGGCCGUGCCACGAGGCCAGUCAUUGCGGACCAAGCAAAAGCGGAUCAGGUUGGACCGGAAUACGCACACCGCUUGUGGAGCAUUAUGCAAAACAUGACCCAGCCCGGCAAAUCCAUUUUUCCCUCUGCAGCGGACGGCAAAACACGACAACUGCUCGCGGCCAAGUACAGGGUAUUUCGCGAAAUGAUUCCGCUUCAGCGGCGCUGGAAAGACCAAGCGGAUGCAGCAUUGGGUUUGUAA